AUGUUUCUCAGAGAAGGUGCUAGCUUCGCUGAUGAUUUUUAUAGAAUUCUGGAAGCUUGGCAGAAUAGAACAUUUGGUCUGAAAUUCUUGCUGUUGUUUGGAGUCUCUCUAGGCUGCCAUGGCUGCUGCUGGGCAAGAGGUGGAAGCCUCCAAGGCCCUGCCUCCACUCUGGACCGACUCCAGCUCAUCCUCCACACGGCUGAUGUGUCCCUCUGUGAUCUGGCCCCUGUCUACUUCCUAGCUCUGCCCCUACAACACACCAACCCUGCGGGGCUCCCUGUCUUCUUGCCAGACUGGACAACCUUGGCUGAGCCCUGUUGCUUCUUGCCUUUGCAUAUGCUUUUCCACUUUUACUGGAAGACCAUUCUCCUGGCUGCUUCCCGCACACUUCCAGAUUUACCUGGAUGCCACUGCCUUUGGAAAGCCUUGCCUGGCCAACUCAGGCAGGAUGAGGUAGUCCUAGCCCAGGUUCCCAUUGUGCCCCGUCUUGUUUAUUAUACUAUGGAAUUGCAGUAG